AUAUCGACUGACGUAAAAUGGAUGUUUGAAAUCUUAUCUAUGUAUAUGUGGUGCAUAUAUACGCACAAGUACAUACAAACAAUGUAUAAAAACACAUACAACUUCAGUAGGUCGCAAAGUAUAUUUUCCUUUCAUUUUCUGCAACAACCAGUUACGUUUACGACGUCGUCGUUGGAAGUACUGAAGGUUAGGUUGAGAUUACUACGUUAUAUUUGAACUUUCUUCAAUUCUCCCUACCACAAAUGUUAUUGGUUGAACGUUGAACGCGACAGUGCGUAAAGUCCAAGGAGUUGCUUGUGACAUUCUUAUACGAUUUGAAAGGGAUACGCUUAAUUGUACGAGACGUAAUUUAUUGUUCAUAUACAAACUUUAUAUAAUGGGUCCUUUAACUACAAGAGUUAAAUAUACUUUUCAUUCUCUUUGUACAAUUGCUAUAAGAGCAUUAUCUACCAAUGCAAUGUUAAAUCCAAAAAAUGAUGUAAAAGAAAUAGUACUUAAAUAUUUGGAUGGAAAAGAUAAUGGUAUUGUAGUAUUAGGAUUAAAUCGACCUACUGCUUCUAAUGCUCUUGGCAAAACUUUAACUAGUCAACUAAAUGAUGCUAUUUCUUCCAUCAGAGAAGAUACAAAAUUACGAGUAUUAAUUAUUCGCAGUUUGGUUCCAAAAAUUUUUUGUGCUGGUGCAGAUUUAAGAGAAAGAAAAAGGAUGGAUAAUUCAGAAAUUUUAAAAUUUGUUUCAUUUUUAAGAAGCAUAACAAAUAGUAUAGAGACAUUACCAACUCCAGUAAUAUCUGCUAUAGAUGGUACUGCAUUAGGUGGUGGCUUAGAACUUGCUCUAGCCACAGAUAUUAGAAUUGCAGCAUCAGAUUCCAAAAUGGGACUUGUAGAAACAAAAUGGGCUAUUAUUCCUGGAGCAGGUGGCACGCAACGACUUCCAAGAAUAAUUGGAAUUGCUAAAGCAAAGGAACUCAUUUAUACUGCACGUAUAGUUGAUGGUGAACAAGCUAUGGAAAUUGGUUUAAUAAAUCAAGUAGUUCCUCAAAAUAAAAGUGGUGAUGCUGCUUAUCAAACUGCUUUAACAAUUGCCAGAGAAAUUUUACCUAAUGGUCCUAUUGGAGUUAAAAUGGCAAAAAUAGCAAUGUCAAAAGGUCUUCAAGUAUCUAUUACAGAUGGACUUGAAGUUGAAAAACAAUGUUAUAGUAAAGUUGUGGAUACAAAAGACAGAAUUGAAGGACUAGCAGCAUUCAUAACCAAACGUAUACCUGUUUAUCAAGGAAUGUAAAUGUAUCAAAAUGAAAUAUCGAAAUUUGAGUGUUUUACGAAUUUGUUACGCUUAAUUAUUAACAUAUCAAAAAUAUGCAUUUUAAUAGAAACUAAAUGUAGGAAAUACACUAUUUCUUUAUUACAUUUUUAUAAUAUGACUAAUUUUGAUAUACAUAUUUACAAAAGUUCAAGCAUCUUUGUAUUUAAAUAGAAAUCUACAAAAAUAGCAAAUUAAUACUUAAUAUAAUAUAAAAGUAAUAUUACAUAAGAUAGUUUUAAGUAUUUUUAUAUGUGAUUUAAAAUUCCAAAAUUUAUAUAGUUUAUAUUAAUUUUAUUAUGUUAAUAUAUAUAUGUAUAUAUACAUCUAUAUACAAAAUUUAUUUUUAAAAAAUAAAAUUAUAUUUAUAAAA